UAUUGGAGCCAAUCUGUAUCCUGCGAUGCAUUUCCAAGAAAAUUGCAAUAAACAUCGCAUCGGCUUGGCAUAUUUUUGUUCAACUAUCAUCUUUUCCUCCAACUUCGAGGCACUACUUUUUCUCUCAAGCGAUAUAUUGAUAUUUGAAAAAACAUAUCGAUAGAGACAUCGAUAAUUCUUGCAGCCUAACGAUAUUCAUCCCUAGCAUCACGUAUGUCAUAUCGCGUUUCGCAUGGAAAUAUCUUGAAAUAAUAAAUAACAAACCAACAGAGGCAUUGCAACCCGGAUUGUGCUGACAAAAAACACAUGCAACAGAAUAAAAGACCCUGUGCAUCGUGAAACAACACAACGACGAGAAACAGAAGAAAAGCAGUGUUCAUCCAUAUAAUCGCGUUGUUUGAUGGGCCUUUUAGCUAAGAUAGGAUUCGGCCAACACCACAGAUUCCCUUCUCUCAACCCAUAGUAUAGACGCAGGUAAUGAUUUUGCAAUACUCGGGCGGCAGCUCGCACGCACCGUAAUAGGGCUGCCACUUUCACCCCCGCCCCCCUACAACUUCAUCGCUUUUCUGCUACUUUACCACUACCUCUGCCUUAUACCUGUACCUGCCUGUACACUUCCGCACUCUGUGCUGUACUGGUAACUCAGUACCGGAUCCCGUGAUCGCAUAUCAGGCACAUCUCCUCCGCACAACUGUCUCCGGCCACUCCUUCCGGUCAACCAGUGGCCAAACUGCAUAUGCUUCUUGGACUAGUAGGGGUCCUCUGUGCGCAUUUAAAUCCUGCCGCUACUGCUUAAUUCAUGGUAAUCUAGAGUAUUUCCAAAUAUUACUUUAUAAGCAGGUUAAUUUUAUUAUUAAUUAAUUAUGUCAUAUGCUAAUCAAAAUGACAACCGAAAAUGCGGCUACAAAUGCAUUAUUUCUUCCUGCCUUUGUGGAUAUAGAGACAGUUCCACCAAUUUUCCUGUGAAGUUGUUCACUUUUCCAUCGGAUCCAUUAUUCUUCAAUAAAUGGGUUGAAGUUUGUCGUUUAGACAAAAAUUUGGUGAAGAGAACUGCACGAAUUUGUGAACGCCAUUUUAAGCCUGAGUAUAUAGGAAAGCGUCGAUUAAAGUCCAAUGCGGUUCCAACAUUAAACCUUUCUCCGCUGACUCCAUUAAAUGCAAGUAUUUGUAAUGAGAAUACAUUUUCUGGCCAUUCAGUAGGCAACAAACCAAUUGAAAAACCAAUGAAAUCAAAGAGAAUCAAACUGGACGAAGUGCAUGAUAAAAUGUCAAACAACUUAGAGCAAUCUUUUGCAGAUUAUGACUUAAAUGCAAGUAUUUGUGAUGAGAAUUCAUUUUCAGACAUUUCAGUAGACAACCAAUCAAUCGAAAAACGUAUGAAAUCAAAGAAAAUCAAUCUGACCGAAAUGCAUAAUAAAGUUUCGAACAAACUAGAGCAAGAGUCCGAAACAGAAACUUCUGAGGAAUAUUCAGUUAAAGAUAACGAAUCGAAAGAUUCAUUUGAAGACAAUGAAUCGAUAGAUAUGGAAUUGCGCAAAAAGAUGCCAAAAAAAGAAUCUUCCGUUAAAAAAAAACACUACCGCCCAAACGGUUGCAGGUGUAUUAUUUCUUCCUGCCGUUGGGGAUAUAGAAAUAAUACGAAAGAUUCCCGCGUUAGAUUAUUCCAAUUUCCGUCGAAUCUAGGCUUGUUUAAUAAAUGGGUUAAGGCUUGUAAUUUAGACAGCAAUUGUAUCAAAAAAACUGCACGAAUUUGCGAACGCCAUUUCCAGUCCAAGUAUAUAGGAAAGCUUCGAUUGAAGCCCGAAGCAAUACCAACACUGAACUUGUCUGAUAAUACUCUAUUGUCUCCAUUGAAUACAGGUAUUUGUGACGAGAAUACGUCUUCAGGCCAUAAAGUAUACAAAACACCAAUUGAAAAACCUAUAAAAUCAAAGAGACUCAAACUGGGCGAAGUGUAUAAUACAAUUUCAAACGACCUUGAGCCAGAGUCCGAUUCAGAAACGCCUAAUGACGAUCCAUUUGAAGAUAAUGAAUCGAUUGAAAUAGAAUUGUCCAAAAAGGGACGGCAUUUUGACGCCAAGUAUAUAGGAAAGCUUCGAUUGAAGCCCGAAGCAAUACCAACGUUGAAAUUGUCUGAUAAUCCUGCAUUGAAACCACUGCAUGAAGGAAGUUAUGGUGAGAAUUCAUUUUUAGGCAAUGCAGAAGAUAACGAACCAAUUGAAAAACCAAUGAAAUCAAAGAGAAUCAAACUGGCUGAAAGACAUAAUACAAUUUCAAAGGAUCUAAAUCAAGAGUCCGAAACAGAAACGCCUGAUGAAGAUCACCUAGAAAAUAAUGAAUCGAUUGAUGUCAAAUGUUGUGAAAACUGCAUAGAAAAAGAGAAAAACGAGGCAUAUUUCACAAAAAAAUACUUUGAGAUAUUGGCAGAAAAAAGAAAAAAAGAAGAAGACUUUAACAAAUUAAAGAAACGAUAUGUGGCCCUAAAAAAAUGUAUAUCUCGGGACAAACGGCGUCGGAGAAUUAGAGCUAACACAAAUUAUUGUGUCCUUCCCAUAAUAGCCAACAUGUCUCAUGUUUCUGCAGAAGCAAAAACUAUAUGUAUCAUGCUUUUGAAAAAGACAAAGAUCUUUAGCCCCGCAGAAAAAGUUAUUGCGCAAAAUAUACACUUUUACUCGAAAAGGACUUAUGAAUAUCUCCGAGAUGUUUUACAUUUAAAUUUACCAACAAAUCGCUCUUUAGAGCGAUGGGCUGUGCGUUUCGAACCAGGAUUUAGUCCCGAUUUAGUAGGCCAGCAGUCCGAGUAAUUGCUAAGGGGAAAAGAAGCAGUAAUUGUGGCGAGGUCUUCGUUUCAACUAUAUGAGCACAUGAUACUCAAGGCAACGAAAAGUAUGGCCAAAAUUCAAAAAGGCCGUUGGGGAGACAAGUCUGUGUUUUCAUGAUUAGAAAUCUGGAUAUAUAUUGUAAGCAAAUGGUACAGAAUACAAACAAAAGUAAUUGCCUCAGGGCUUAAUGUAAUAACAGCUAUUUGCAAUUUAAAUUUAUAUUUAUUUCAUGCUAUUUUCCAGAGCUACAAGCCUAAACUUAUUAUUACUUACUUAUUACUUACUAGGAGUGAGUUAUUUUCUUUCGAAACCUAUAUUAAACCAAGGGCCAUUGUUCAAACAAGAACUCAUUAUUAAACACGUUCAAUUAUGUAAACCGAACUCGAUCUUUUACAUAAAUUAGCGGAGUGUGAGCGGAGGUCUAUUAAUCCAUUAACAAGUACGACAACAAAACAUAAGUGGAGAAACACUUAUCCAAUAUAGUCCCAAAAUAACACUUAUGGAUGCAUGCACUCGAAUUGCAAACCGCAUUAACUUUGUACCCAUUUCGUGGGUCUUGCACCUCAUACCUUAUUGUUAGAUCAUAUAUGUAUAAGGCUUAGAUUUUAAGAAUAAAAUUGAGUUCGAAUUUACUACUCAACUCACAA